AUGCAGAGAGCACUCUCCAAAGGGCAUCGUGCCCAUGGCGUUUGCGGUUGCUGGCGAUUGCUGCUGGCCGCCGGCGCCACAGUCUUGAUGGGCAAGGCCCUGGUUUGGAUCCCGGGCCUCGGACAAGUGGGAAGCCGGUCGCCUGCGCGAGCCCGGCCCACGGCAUUGAAGCAAGCGAGCAGGGAGAUGGCAGAGCAGAUGGACAGUGAGGCGGAUGACUUCUACAGUCAGGACAAUGAGGAGCUCAUGGCCAUGCUGAUGUCUGGGCAAGGAGACGAGGUAGACAUUCUGGGGAAUGGUAGCCUGGUCAAGAACAUCAUCUCGCCUGCUCCAGCCUUCAGCCGACGCCCUCAGCUUGGUGAUGAGGUCACGGUGCACUUCAUCGGAUCCCUCGAGGAUGGGACUGUCUUCGAUGACACGCGUGCCCGACAUGAGCCGUACACGUUCCGAGUCGGCUUGGGCUUCGUCAUCGGUGGCUGGGACAAAGGUAUUCCGACCAUGAUGAAGGGUGAGAGGUCGCUCUUUCUGAUGGACUCGUCUGUGGCCUAUGGAGCACAGGGAGCCGGAUGGAAGAUACCACCAAACGCGACGGUGCGCUUUGACAUCGAGCUUUUGGGCUGGGAAGAGAUCGAUGACAUGGGCCCAGACGAUGUAGAGCCGGAGUGGGAGGCUCCACUUGUUGGGCGGGAUGAUGUGGGGGAGGGUGGAAAGGGUCCAAACGGGAAGUAUACAUGGGAAAGGAAUGGCUUAGAGGUCGUGGUUAAGGCGCAGCUCCCGGACGACACUGUGCCGAAAGACAUCAAGGCGGAAUUCUUCCCGAAAAGGAUCUUCGUCUCUGUGAAGGGGCAAACACUUCUGACCGGGACACCUGGCCUGGACCUGGACUGGGAGGAGUGCUACUGGGCGCCUGGGAUGCAGCGUCGAAGAGGUAAGGGAAACCCAAACCCAUCGCGCCGAACCACGAACUGA